AUGGGGGUCGGCCCGGGGACCCCCCUGACCCUACUCUCGCCAUUCCCCCAGCUGGGUGCCAUGGCCAUGCCGCUGGGGCUGCUGCUGGCCUUGAUGGGCUGCGCCGCGGCGCCGGAUCCUGCCCUGGAGCUGGCCUGGCAAGGCUGGAAGAGCCUUCAUGCCAAGGAGUACCCAGAGGAGGUCGAGGCUGCCCGCAGGGAGGUCUGGGAGAAGAACCUGUGGCGUAUCCAGCAGCACAACCUGGAGGAGUCGCAGGGCUGGCACACCUUCCGCCUGGCCAUGAACCACUACGGGGACCUGGCAUCAGCAGCCCUGAAGACUCCGGUGGAGGUGGACUGGCGUGCCAAGGGCUACGUGACACCUGUGAAGAACCAGGGGCACUGCGGGUCAUGCUGGGCAUUCAGUCUCCUGCCGGGCUGGUCGGAGGUGUGGGGUGAGCAGGGCUACAUCCGCCUGCUGAAGGGUGCCAACAAUCAGUGCGGGGUGGCCAACCAGGCCAGCUUCCCCACGUU